CAGCCCCGCACUCGACUGCAUCAGUGGACUGUUGUUUGUUCACGCAGCAUAAUACUGAAUCGAAUUUAUUCGAAUCAAAGAAAUUCAUUACGCUUUCAAUUGCCCGGAUUCAAAGAUAAUGGGACUACUAUCCAAAUCGGAGAACAAGAAUCCAGCUGGCAGCGGCACCCAAGAGGAGAAAAAGAGCUGGUAUGCGCGAUACCACGACAAGAAGCGAGGAAAGCCAAUCGAUGAUGAGGAACUGCAAAAGCAUCUAGGUAUGAAUAAGGAGGAGCUCAAAAUAUGGGCACGAGAUCGGCCGGGCGUGGGAAAGAAUCAACUGGCCGGCAGUGCUGGAAAGGGGAGCAUGUCUGGCCUCGGUGGUAUGGCCAUGGCUGAUGGGCUUGGUGGAUGGGGUCCUGAGGCCGAACCAAAGGAAGAUAAUAGAGGGCUGAAGUUCCCGCCUGCAAAGACUGGGAACAAGCACAAUGGGACUGAUGAAUGAUGGGCGCGAUACUGAGGCGCGAGUUGAAGUAGAACGGUUCGGAUUCCGACAAACAGCGACAGCCGACGUGGCCUAUGCUGUGUGGGCCACCUGGCGCAUUCAAAACUACAAAACGCUACUGCUGUGUGCAAGAGCCAAAAUUCGACCAUGAGCAUGUCAAUGAGUAGCCACAUGGAACCGUGGCCGUUUCGCCUGUUGGGACUAGGAGGGAGCACCUUGGCUGACGCAAAGUCAAUAAGCCGAUUGGCAAUAUGCAUCGAUCAAAGGCACUUUAUAGAGCACUUUAUACUGCCUAGAAUAGGCUAUACUUCUAAUAACAUACCUUUUGUACAUA